GCAAACCGCGUCCACGUGGGCAUUUGUUACCAGCUCCGCUCAACGCACAUGGCCAACAGUGCUGUUCCCGAAAAACAUUUGGAGAUCCCCUUCUCCCUGGAUGAAUACGAAGAUCGCAAUAUCCCAGAGUUUCGACUCGAAGACCGCCUCGCAUUCUGGGAUGGCCCAAUACGCGCCUUUCUGCGCGAACGCGGUUAUGCACUGUACAACAUUUGCCCGGUCUUCGACGGCGCGAGCAGUCUGAUGUAUCCCUCCCUCGAGACAUGCCCACAGCCCGUCGAUGACGAUCGGUACGCGUUCAUGGAUCCCGACGAGCCAGAACGGGUUCUUCCCAAAGCCAAACCUGGCCUUGAGAACACUUAUCCGUAUUGCAGAGAGAAGGCAUAUGCGCGUGAGAACCGAGGCAGAGCUGCGUUCGCCCAGUGCAUUGCCCGGCCCGAUCGACAUGUGGCUAUCAAGCUCGUUCGAGACCGGAGCGUCGAGAUACACACCCUAAAGUUGAUCUUUGAAGCCUCGAAAGAGAAGUCCGUCCGCGGCCUGAUUCCUGUUCUCGAGAUCAUACCUUUCCGUGGGCACUGGCUUGUUGUAAUGCCCAGGUGGGGUGAAAUUAUCAUGUCGCCAUUCCCGACGGUCGCUGGCCCUGUUCUCGACCUCAUCGAAGAUCUUCUCGAGGGUCUCACGUUCCUUCAUGGCCACAACAUCGUUCACCGAGAUCACUCCUACAAGAACAUAUUGGUCAAUCACAUCCCCGUCGUUGGGCACCAGUCGGUCCGGGAGGUCCCCCCCACGCGACAGACGCUACGCAAUGCGGGGGCUCUCCAGCACGCGAUCUUCGACUUUGACGUGGCUCUGAUAUUCCCCGAUCGGCCGUCCGCGCGGUUGCCACAUGACGAGUUUUGGCUGGGAACUCCAAAGCUCACCGGCGAAACGAUGCAGGGAGAAUAUGAUUACGAUCCAUUUGCAGCCGACGUCUCUAUCCUGGGCGGUAAUCUCUGUCGUGAUCUCCAGUAUCACACACCAUCUGUGCCUAUCCUGGCCCCGUUGUUUGAUGGCAUGCUUCACUGGGAUGUGCCUUCGAGGCUCACGGCAUCACAGGCCCUCAGCCUCCUCCGCGCAUUAAGAGCGCAGUACCGAGAGCUGGACAAGCAGCCAUUGCCUGACAUCGCCAACAAGUUCAUCGACGUCAUGGAAUACGACAGGUGGAACGGGCUGCCUCCCGACUUCGUCGAGCGAUGGGGUCAUCUGCGGACUCCGCCAGUUCCAUGGACGAGGCGAUUUCUGCGGCGGAUCUGUAGAUACGACUUUCUUGCAAGCUGUAUGGAUGCUACACCAUCUGAUGAAGUUCUCAUCAUUCCUUUCUCCCUUGACGAGUAUGAGGACCGUCUAGUACCUGAGUUUCGACUGGAGGAUCGACUCGCGUUCUGGGAUGGUCCGAUUCGCGCCUUCCUUCGCGAACGCGGAUACGCCCUGUACAACAUCUGCUCAGUGUUUGAUGGCACUGACUGCAGUCUUAUGUAUCCAGCACUGGAUACGGCCCACCAAUCCGUACCGGACGACGGUCGCUACGCGUUUAUGGAUCCCGAAGAGCCGGGUCGUGUCUUUCGCAAUCCCAAGGAGGGAUUUGAGAAGAAUUAUUUCCACUGCAGAGGGAGGGCGUAUGCUCGGGAGAAUCGUGGAAGAGCCGCAUACGCUCAGAGCAUCGACAGGCCUGAUCGACAUGUUGCUAUCAAACUGGUCCGCAGCGAGAGCGUCGAAAUACACACUCUCAAGCUCAUAUACGACGCGUCGAAACGCGAACCCGUCCGGGGUCUCAUUCCUGUGCUCGAGAUCAUCCCGUUUGGCGGACACUGGCUCGUUGUCAUGCCCAGAUGGGGAGAGGACAUCAUGUCUCCGUUCCCCACACUUGUUGGACCGACCUUGUCUCUCAUCGAAGAUUUGCUUGCUGGUCUGGCGUUUCUCCAUAGCCACAAUAUCGUCCAUCGGGUGAUGUUUCCUGGCGCAUAUUGCACAAACUGUACUCAUGUCACCCAGGACCACUCCUACAAGAACAUCCUCGUGAAUCACAUUCCUGUAGUCGGGCACGAGGAAAUCUAUGAUCCCCCACCGACCCGAGAACUACUACGCAACGCAGGCGUCCUUCAGCACGCCAUAUUCGAUUUCGACGUUGCUCUGAUAUAUCCCGACCACAAAUCCGCGCGGCUACCGUAUACUGAAUUUUGGCUGGGAGCAUUCAAGUACACUGAUGAGAUAUUCCAAGGCGAAUACGACUACGAUCCAUUUGCGGCGGAUGUAUCCAUUCUGGGAGGCUAUCUUUGUUCUGACCUGCAGUAUCAUACACCUUAUGUGCCCAUCCUGGCACCACUGUUCGAUGGGAUGCUGCACUGGCACGUUCCGUCUCGGCUGACGGCACCUCAGGCGCUGGAACUGUUCCGCUCGCUGCGAGCCGAAUAUAGCGAUCUGGAUUCAAAACCACUGCCUGCUAUCCAGGACCGGUUCAUUCAUGUGUCGGAAUAUGACCGAUGGGCGGGAUUACCCGACGACUUUGUCAGGCGGUGGGGUCAUCUCCGGACCCCACCGGUUCCGUGGACGAGGGCGUUUCUGCGGAGGAUCUGCAGAUACAAAUUCCUCGCAAGUUGCGACUCGGUUCACGAAUGGACCAACUGGUUGGGCAGCAUCAUGGUGACAUCACUGCCUGACGCGCUCGAAUAUAAACCUUACUCGUGGCAUUCGCACCCUCACCAGACUGAAACAACCUUUCCUCUUGCCAUGAAAACAACUGCUCUGCUCACCCUGUCGCUGGCUCUCAGUGGCGCCUCGGCGACGUCGUGGUUUGGCUCCGACAAACCCACAUACAGCGAGUGGUCUAUUGCAGAGCUUCGACAAUGGCUCCAGGAGCACAAAAUCGUCGUCCCGGAAUCCUUUUCGCAGCAGCAGCUGCGCGACCUCGUCCAGUCCAACUGGGACCUAGCGACCGCUUGGACAUGGGACCAGUACUCGUCGGCCCAAAAGUCAUUCGCGGACCUGCGCGACACGACGUUCGACGCCUGGGACGAGUCGCGGCUGCGUGAGUUCCUGCUCGAGCAGGGCGUCGUCGCGCCCAAAGGCCCACGUGAGCAGCUCGUCCUGCUUGCCAAAGCCAAGUACGCCGACUACCAGAACGCGGCGUCGACGCUCUCUGCGCAGGCGAGCACGGCAGUCUAUGGCAGCCCCAUGCACCAGAUGACGAAGAGCGCGUCGAGUAUGGCUGCGCAGGCGACGCGGGAGGUGACGCGCCAGAUGGAUGACACGAAGGAUUACGUGUACUCGACGUGGGAAGAUAACAAGCUUCGGUCGUAUCUCGUGGAGAAGGGCGUGCUGGCCAAGGACGCCGCGGAGAAGACGCGGAACGAGAUGCUGGCGAUGAUGCGCGACACUUACGUCCGCGCCACUCAGCCAAUCUGGGAAGCGUGGUCUCAUUCGUACAUGCGCGAAUGGUUGAUUGCUCAUGACCUCAUCACACCGCCUGCACCCUCGACGCCCGAGAUCGUGAAAGCGAAGAUGUCGCAGUACUACUAUGACGUCAAUGACCGCGCCUGGACGUCCUGGACCGACAGCGACAUGAACUCAUGGCUCGUCUCACAUAACAUCAUCAAGUCGGACGCCCAGAUCCAGCGUGAGAAACUCACGAAGCUGAUCGAGGACAACUACCUCAACGCCCGCGAUACGCUUUGGGAGUCCUGGAGCGAUAGCCAGAUGCGUGAUUGGCUGGCCGAGCACGGAGAGAAGAAUGUCCCUGCCAAGCGCGACCAGCUCGUCAAGCUCAUGCAGAACAAGUACAACGACGCCGCCGGCAUGUCUGCUGCAUACUUGACAUGGCCUGACGCCCGGUUGCGCGCCUACCUGCGCAACCGCGGGAUCGACGAGUCUGGAUUGCCGACUUCUCGACCUGGACUUUUGCAGGAGACUCGUAUCCGUUGGGUUCAGGCUAUGACCAGCAUUGAACGAAUCAAGGAGCUCAUCAACUCUGGCAUUGAGAUCACGGAGGAGAAACUGGCGUCUGUUUUGCAGCUCCUGUCCGGCCAGACCGAGAAAGCCAAAGCAGAGGGCGAGAAGAUCAAGGCUGACGCGAAGAAGGUGAAAGCUGAUGCCAAGAAGAACAAGGAGAACCUCAAAACGGAGCUUUGAGUGGUUGCGGACUCGUUCAUUUCUUGUAUUAUUCACUAGCAUUGAUUUUGAGACUGUAUCUGUAACUUUAUAAUCCAAGUUUUUGGACAUGCUCAAUCUAUCUACGCGUUCCAUCCCGCGGUGAAAGCAUCAAUCUGCUCGUGUCUCUUUACGGCGUCGUCCCAGGUCGUGAUCUCUCCCCCACUCGCGAACCGUUCGUAAAGCAGACCGACAUGCUUCCCGAAGACGGGAACAGGAGUGUUUGGAUCCUCGGGCCAAGACUCGGAGGGACCACAAUCAAUCUUCUCGACUUUGUCCGUUUUGAAGUCGUGCAGCUCAACAUCGACACCCUCUGCUGUGAUGUGCAGCGUGAAGGCCGCCUGGUUCGUCACGCGUAUUUCGCCCUGCUCCCCGGUGAUGGUCCACACGAGCGACGGCUCUCCGGGGAACGGCGGGCCGCGGCGGAAGCGGAACAGCAGCGACGCAUCGCGCACGACGGUGGACGACUGGGCGAUGCGCGAGGUGACGAUGAACAGAUCUGGGACGUCGGAUUCAACGGUGUGGGUGAUCGCGUUCGUCACUGCGUCGCGGACGUGGCUGAUCGGCCGCUGCAGCUGCAGGUGCGGCGUAAUGUCGGCGGCUUCACCCAGUACGUGCUGCACGAUGUCGAAGACUGCGGAUGGAGGUGAUUAGUGGGAGAAAGCUGCGCUGGAGCAGACUGCACGCACGAUGUCCUCCGAAGAUGGUGACGAUGGUCCCGCCGUGCCGCCCGACACGCGCAGCUCGGUGCUCAGGACCUUGCCGAUCCGGCCCUCCUCGAUGAUCUCCUUCAGCUUGAGCGGCAGCGAGCCCACGCGGCCUUGGAACCCGACCAUCGUGCGCCCGCCGGCGGCCUUGGCCGCGUCCGCCAGCUGCUUCGCGUGCUGCACAUCGUGCGCAAGCGGCCACUCGACGAACGCGUCCUUGCCAGCCUUGACCGACGCGAGGACCGUGCCGAAGUGCUUGUCGAC